AUGAUUGUUGACGAUACAAUAACUAACAUCGCCUACGCGAUACUGCGCAGAAUAGUUAAUAAGCGUUGCGAGUGGGCAAUAUUUCAAAAGAAUGCGCACCCGAUACGCAUGAGAUGCGUAUUCCGUAAGCGUGAUCCCAAGGCCCCGUACCGUGCUGUAUCGUCGCGAUCCGAGCCGGCGUAUCGGGUGACAGAUGCGAUCGCCUUACCCAUCGACCGACUGAGAGUUUCAAUAUACCGAUUACCAACGUGUGGAAUUUUUUUAAAUGUAAAUUUUGAAGGUAACCUCAAUGCCGACGUCGACGAAUUGCGAAACAAUCUGGAAACGUUCGUGAGACCAAUUAAAAAAUUGACAGGUUUUUUUCCUAAUCAUGAAAUCGAAGUACAAUUUGAUAUAGAACGAAACUAUGACAAGGAAGCUUCGCGAAGACGGUUUAGCAAAAAGAAUCAGGUCCACGAAAUAGUUCGCAGGAACAACAAUAUAACAACACCUUCUUCUAUAUCUAACCCAGAGACACUAAAUUUAGAGACCUCCAAACUCGUAUCAGAUCAAGAUAAUCAAAUUGUUUACAUGAAAGAUUUGAAAAAAGCAUUGGAAGAUUUCGAGAAAAAACAUAAUAUAAUGAAUGGUCAAGAAGCCAUGCAACCUUUGCUGAAAAAAGAUCUUUGGAUGGCAUUGGGUAUGAAAAGUGGACAACAUUGUAACCAAGGCACCGGUUCAAAUGAAAUGAAUUAUUUUACAAGAGGAGAGAAUUAUAACACCCAGUUUGUCGAUAUAAUAAACACAUUGAAGAAAAAUGGACAAAUACAUAAUGAUAUUCCUAAGCCUAAUGAUGAAGAAUUAAGUUGGUUGAAAAUCAAAUUUCCUUCGUAA